CCGGCUUUGUCCAUGUUAUACUUUUUGGAUUAGUCGUAGUAUCUUUUCUAAUAUCUAUGUACAUUGUUUAGGUACAUAAAAAAUAAAAAUAACCAACAAGAAAAAUUUUGUAUUGUUUCUCUAUAUUCCAAUUUGUGUAGUUUUGUCUAUGUCUGUGGUAUUGAAGUUUUCGAAUCAGUAUUCAUGGAACUAUGAACCUGGAUUCAUUGUCAUAUACGUUGUCGCAAAUCAGCUAUCUCGUUGCUAAUUUGUCGAAAAAAAAUUAUAAGUCUAGUGUUCAAGAAAUAACUGACGCUAUACAACUUCAAGGAUUUGAAGCUGACCGUCAUUUAUUGCGUUGUUUAUUUUCCUUAGUAGAUCUUAAAGAUAUUGAAGGACCUAGAAAUACAUCACAUAAAGAUUAUUACCAAGUUCAACUAUUAGUGCAUCAGUGCAAAACUCUUUUGAAUAAGCCCUCGCUUAUUUCAAUUUUGUGUUUUGCACUAGAUAAUCCACUUACUAUUGCCAAACCAUUGAAGCCAUCAAUACAGCUAUUUUUACAGCUAAGCAGAAUAUUACAUCUUAGUCCUGUUCAAGAAGUUGUUUUUGGACUUGUGUGCUUGGAAUCUACUAAUUAUUCAACUUAUGCUUUAGAAUUUGUCAAAUUGAAAUUACCAGAAUUGAUUAAAUCUUAUACAAAUUCAGAUUUCAAUACUGAUCAAGUCACAGAAGGUGGAUUACACGAUUCAAGUCCUGAAGUUCUUCAUUUGAUUUUAAGUCAAGUAUUCACUGUUAAUAAAAUAGAUUUUGGUAUAAGUAAAGAAAGUAAAGAAGUAUUAUUACAAAAUUUACAACGUGACUUUCCUCUUGAAGUUGCACCCGUUUUAUUGGCUCCAUUGAUAUAUCCCGAUAAACUAGACUGUCCUAUGGAUAAAAUAAAUCUAGAUACAUCAUCAAUUUCCAAUACUAUGCUGGACUCAUCUUUAGCUGAUUUAAUAAUGGAAAUGGGUUAUUCAGUUUGUGUUUCAAUUGAGGAAUGUCGAAGAAAUUUAAUUUCAGUGUCAAAUGGUAGUAAUAAAUCAAUUAUUUUUGGAGCACCGUCAAUUGCCAAAGUAUUGUCAAUGAUGAUAUGUACUCACUCUAUAUUAGAUCGUCAUAUAAAUUUACCAUACUGGCCUGGUGAUAAUCUUAAUAAUGAUUUAGAAAAAAAUGGAAACAUUGAAUUAAAUACUUGGAAUGUGGAAGUUUUUGUCCAAACUAUCAAUGAUUUGAAUCCAUCUCUUUCUUGGUUGGAUGUUAUUAAAGAAUUGGAUCAUGCUGAGUUUAUUGUUAAAGAUAGAAAAGGUUUGGCUAUCCUUUUUUCUGCACUUCGUCUUGGUUUAAACAGACAAGGAUAUCAAAUAGAAAAUUUCCCUAUUGAAAUGAUUUAUAGAAAUUGGUCAUGUUCUGAAGCACAAAUGUCUUUAGUACAACAUAUACUUCAAAAUUCUGAUAUAUUUUGUUUUGCUGAUUAUCCUUACCGAUCAAUAUCAAUUGAUUUAUUAAAAGUUAUACCAGAAACUGAUAAUAAAGAUAUAAACAAUUGGUAUUCAAUUGAAUUGGUGGAUUUAAUGAUAUUUUUGGCUGAACAAGGCCUAUGCUAUCAAGUACAAGAGUGCUUGAAGUUUCCAGCUCAAAAAUGCCCUGAUCUUUUAGCUCUUGCGCUUAUACAAUCAAAUAGGCCUCUUAGUAUGGUGAGACAUGAAAUGAUAAGUGGUCUAAUACCAGUUUUUUUAGGAAAUCAUAGCAACUCUGCAGUAAUUUUACAUUAUGCUUGGAACCAUCAGAAUGUGGGACUCAGACAUACUUUGGUUCAAGCAAUGAGUGAAUGGUAUGUACGUAGCGAUCAAGAUCAUGUAAAACUUUCCCGUAUUUUAGAUAUUGCUCAAGAUUUGAAGGCUUUGUCAUUGUUGUUGAGCAUUCAACAGUUUUCUUUUGUCAUAGAUCUUGCUUGCUUAGCUUCAAGGCGAGAAUAUUUAAAACUAGACAAGUGGCUUUCAGACAAAAUUCGUGAGCAUGGUGAAAGUUUUAUGACUUCUUGUCUCAAAUUUUUACAGAAACGAUGUCCUCAAUUAAUUGGGUCAACAAUUCAAGAUGAUAAUUUAUCAAAGUACACGCCAAUAUCAUCCGAAACUGUGAUAACUAUGUUAAAUUGUCUCAGAAAUGUUAACACUGGAACUAUUUCUCAAGAACUUUCUGAAACUCUAAUGUUAAUGGUAACCAACUGUACAAAUAUUUAUAUUUCAAAAGUCGCAUCUUCUCGUGUGAAUCCAUCCGCUUCAUUACCUUCUAUUUUAUGUACAUCUCAACAGCAACGGCCAAUAGAAGGUUCAUCACCACAAGUUUUAGUUGAUCAAUUAACAGGUCUUGCAACUAGUUUGGCUAAUUUAGGACUCAACCCAUCAGCUCAAUCUGCCUCUACAUUUACAUUACCUGGUUCAUUAGUUCAAACUUCUAGUUCACCAUCUAGAAAUAUUAUUAGUAGUUCUGGACAUAGUGGUUUUUCUUUGAAGACAUCUUCAUCUAUAAAUACUUCUGUUCCAACUUUAUCUAGUCAAUUAUCUGGAUCAUCUAAUUUACUGGGCCGUUUACCAUCUCAUCAAGUUACUCCUUCAGUUAUUGGAAAGAUGAAUCAUACUAUUGACAAUAGUUUAUUUUUGGAUAGUAAUAUGCCAUUAUCAGUUCCUAAAGAUAUAGAAGAUGAAGCUAAUAGUUAUUUUCAACGUAUUUAUAAUUUGGCUCCUCAUCAUUCACUAUCAAUAGAUGAAGUUCUUGAAAUGUUGAAAAGAUUUCAAGAAUCACAUAUUAAACGUGAAAGGGAAGUAUUUUGCUGUAUGCUAAGAAAUUUAUUUGAAGAAUAUAGAUUUUUCCCGGCUUAUCCUGAAAAAGAACUAAUAACAACAGCUCACUUAUUUGGUGGAAUAAUUGAACACGGACUUGUUUUAAAUUAUAAAGCUUUAGGAUUAGCACUACGUUUUAUUUUGGAUGCACUAAAAAAAAGUCCAAAUUCAAAAAUGUAUAAUUUUGGUAUAACUGCUUUGGAUCGAUUUAGAAAUCGUUUAAAAGAUUACCAUCAAUACUGCUCUCAUAUAUCUUCUAUUCCUCACUUUCAGCAGUUUCCACAGCAUUUAAUUGAAUAUGUUGAAUAUGGUAAAAAUUCACAAGAACCUCCAUCAUCACGAGUUUUAGAUAUAGUAGGAACAACCUCUACUUUACCACAGGUACCUUUUAUGCCAAAUACACUUGGUAUUUUCAAAGCUCAAAGUAUUACAGCUACUACUACAACUACUACUGUAUCAACUGCAUCUUCUAAACUUAUAACAACAAAUGCUAUUUUAUCAUCUAGGCCUUCAAUUGCCAAUACUACAAAUAUUGAUACACUACUGGUUGCUACUGAACAAAAUGCUAAAUUGAUUGUUCCUCCUGAAAACGUUUUAGAUAAAAUUGCAUUUAUAUUUAAUAACUUAAGUCAAAUAAAUUUACAAACAAAGUGUGAUGAAAUUAAAGAAAUUAUUACUGAUGAUUAUCUGCCUUGGCUAUCACAAUAUUUAGUUAUGAAACGAGUUAGUAUUGAAUUAAACUUCCAUACAUUGUACUCAAAUUUCUUGGACUGUUUGGGUAAUGAAGAGCUAAAUACUUUGAUUAUAUCAGAAACUUUUAGAAAUAUAAGGGUUUUAUUGAGAAGUGACAAAGGGAUGUCUAAUUUCUCAGACAGAUCUUUGUUGAAGAAUUUAGGUCAUUGGUUGGGAAUGAUUACUCUGGCCAAAAAUAAACCAUUACUGUUAGAUGACAUUGACCUUAAAAUGUUAUUGGUUGAAGCCUAUAAUAAAGGGCAUCAAGAAUUGCUCUUUACAGUGCCUUUUAUAGCAAAAGUACUUGAAUCAUGUGCAAAGAGUAAAGUAUUCAAACCAAGAAAUCCUUGGACUAUGUCUGUUGUAAACUGUUUAGCUGAACUUCAUCAAGAACCUGAUUUGAAAUUAACUUUAAAAUUUGAAGUUGAAGUGCUUUGUAAAGCAUUAAACAUUGAUUUGAAAGACUUAAAUCCUGGUUUUGUAUUAAAAGAUCCUGAAAUAGCCAAAAAAUUGGAACCUCAAUUGUCUAAUGGUGAUUAUUCAAAAGUUCAAGUCACUUCUGUACUAGAUACAGCUGAGCAACCUAAAGUUUCUGUUUCUAUAACUCUUCAAAAUAAUAAUACUCCUAUUAUUCAAACAACUGUAUCUUUUCUAGCUCAACCGACAACUAAUCCUUUAAUUAGUCAAUCUAUGACUUCCAAUACUAGGUUUAAUGAUGAGUUAGUUGGUCAUGUUGUUGCUGCUGGAGGAGUCACAGCAAUGACAUCAACUGGAAGUGUAGGUAUUAGUGGUACUCCAAUAAUGUCACCUCCUUUACCUUCAACUGAACCAAAAUUUAACUACGUAACAUUCAAUACUGCCAAUUCAUCACAAUUAUUAUCAAUGAUUGUUAUUAACUCCCAUAUUCCAUUAUUUAUUAAUCAACCAUCCCUUAAGACUUAUAUUCGUGUUGCUAUUGAAAAAUCUAUACAAGAAUGGAUUAAUCCAGUUGUUGAAAGAUCUGUUAAGAUUGCUGUUAUAACCACUGAACAUAUUGUUAAAAAAGACUUUGGUAUGGAUUCAGAUGAAACACAUUUACGAAAAGCUGCUCAUUGUAUGGUAAGAAAUUUGACUUCUGGUUUAGCUAUGAUUACAUGUCGUGAACAAAUUACUCAAGCUUUAACUACAAAUUUAAAGCAGCAUUUUUUAAGCAUUUUAAUAUCACCCACUCAAGCUCAAAAAGAAAUGAUAGAUCAAGCAUGUACUAUUUGUGUAAAUGAUAAUUUGGAACUUGCUUGUGCUUUUGUUCAAAAAACUGCAACUGAAAAAGCAGUAGUUGAAAUUGAUAAAUAUCUCAAAAAUGAAUAUGAAAGGCGUAAUUUAUCCAGGAUAGAAGGUCGUCGUUACUGUGAUCAAACUGUAGUUAGUGGUCAAGCUGAGUUCUUACCAGAUACACUUCGUAAUAAACUAGGUUUACCACCAUCUCAAAUGAUAGGAAUUUAUGAAGAAUUUGCUAGAAAUAUUCCUGGAUUCCAACAAUUAGACAGAGAGGCAGUUUCAUUAUUUAUGCCCAAAGCUGGGUUAAAUUUACCUCCUGAUGAAAUAUCACUUGUUUAUGAGAAACUUAUCAAUGAAAUUGAAGACCUUUUACAAUUAUAUAUGUCUAAUCAAAGAAUUCUAUCUAAUACAACCCAGGCAGCAAAUUUACAUGGUAUUUUAGAAGUAUUAAUCACUCUUAGAAGGUGCCGUGAUGUUAUUACUGCAGCUAAUGUUAUUAAUAAGGUUGUUGAAAGUUAUUUGGAUGGGUUGAGUUCUCCUUCAAAUCAAGAUUUAGAUCUGGCUAUGAAAUAUCGUGACUUGCAUCUUAGUAUAUUUAGAGCAUUUCAAGAUCCCCGUGCCUAUAAUUUACAAUGGACAAAUAAAACAUUGACAAAAGCUAUCGUGGAGUCAAGAGAUGAACUAAGAUUUAAUUUAGAUGCAAUUGAUGUGCUAAUUAGGGCGGGUAUGGUCAAUAUUAGUAUGUAUGAUAUGCAUUUGGCUUUGUCAAUGGAUAAUGGUACUAACUAUGUUUCUAUGGCUUAUGUUAAACAAUUUUUACAAUAUUAUUUAAUUGAUAAUCGAUCCAAUUCCCCAAUAACUGAAAUUCAUUUACAAGCAACUAUUGAUGCAUUAAAUACAAUCAUACUUAGUGGUCGUCCUGUACCUGAUGGUUUGGCAGCAAUUAUAGAAGUAUUGAGAUCAUCGUUAACAGAGAAUACAACUGUUGAUAGAACGAGUAAUACUGACAGUAAUAGUAAUUCUUCAACUCAUAUUCAGCAUGGAAUUUUACAAGAAAGAGAUUUUGAUGAUCCUCCAGGUUUACUGGAAAAAACUGAAUAUCUUUUAAAAGAGUGGCUUACUAUUUAUAGUGCUUCGCCAAAUAGAGAUCCUGGAAAAACUUUUAGUGUUUAUAUUCAUCAAAUGAAUGUCCAAGGAAUUUUGAAGUCUGAUGAUAUUAUAACUCGUUUCUUUAGACUUAGUACACAGAUGAUGGUAGAACUAUGUUACCGUCAAAUACCAAAUCAAACACAAUCACCAUCAACAAUACGAGCAAAACUUUUUCACACAAUUGAUGCUUAUGUCAAACUUAUUGUGUUAUUAGUUAAACAUUCGGGUGAUGCCAAUGCUAUUACUACUAAAAUUAAUUUAUUGAAUAAAGUAUUAGGAAUUAUUGUUGGUGUGUUACUUCAAGAUCAUGAUGUACAAGCUACUGAUUUUCACCAGUUACCCUAUCAUAGAAUAUUAGUGACACUAUUUUUAGAUUUAAAUACACCAGAUCCUGUAUUAGAAUCAAUAAAUUACCCAAUACUAGCAGCUUUUUGCCACACAUUUCAUUUACUUAGACCAAAAAAAGUUCCUGGUUUUGCAUAUGCCUGGUUGGAAUUAAUAUCUCAUCGCAUAUUUAUUGGCAGACUAUUAGGAUUAACACCACAACAAAAAAGACAACGUUCUUAUGAUCAAGCUCCAGUAACUGAUGUCCAAGGUUGGAAUUUCUAUGCUCAAUUAUUAAUUGAUUUAUUUAAAUAUUUGGCACCAUUUCUAAGAAAUGCUGAGCUUGCAAAACCUGUUCACUUGUUAUAUAAAGGGACAUUACGUAUACUUCUCAUAUUGCUACAUGACUUUCCAGAGUUUUUAUGUGAAUUUCAUUAUGGGUUUUGUGAUGUUAUACCUCCUAAUUGUAUUCAAAUGAGAAAUUUAAUAUUAUCUGCAUUCCCACGUAAUAUGCGUUUACCAGAUCCAUUUACACCCAACUUGAAGGUAGACAUUCUUCAAGAAAUUUCAUUGUCUCCGAAAAUAAGUCCUGAUUUUCAGUGUUAUAUCCAGCCAACAAAUUUUAAAAAAGAUCUCGAUUUAUACCUUAAAACUCGUGCUCCAGUCACAUUUUUAUCAGAAAUUCGUUCUACAAUGCAGCAGAGCUGUUGUGAACCAGGAAUGCGUUAUAAUUUAUCAUUAUUAAAUGCUAUUGUUUUGUAUGUUGGCACUCAAGCCAUUCAACAUAUAAGAAGCAAAGGUCUAGUGCCUAACACUUCUACAAUUGCUCAUUCAGCACAUAUGGACAUAUUUCAAAAUUUGUCAGUGGACCUUGACACUGAAGGUCGUUAUUUGUUUUUAAAUGCGAUUGCUAACCAACUACGUUUUCCUAAUAGUCAUACUCAUUAUUUUAGCUGCACACUAUUAUAUUUAUUUGCUGAAGCCAAUAGUGAAGCUAUACAAGAACAAAUAACAAGGGUUCUCUUAGAGAGGCUUAUUGUUAAUAGACCUCAUCCUUGGGGUCUGUUGAUUACUUUUAUUGAACUAAUUAAGAAUCCAGCAUAUAAGUUUUGGCAACAUGAAUUUGUUCAUUGUGCACCUGAAAUAGAAAAACUAUUUGAAUCAGUUGCUCGAUCUUGUAUGGUUCAUAAACAAUCAAGUAAUACAAAAAAUGGAAUUGAUUUACCAAUUAUUUAAUUAAAACGAAUUAUUUUGUAAAUUUUUAGUUUAUAAAGUUUUAUAUAUCACCUAAUAAAUUUUGUUUAAUAGUUUAUAAGAAAAUGUGAAACUAAACAAAUUAUUUUUUAAUGAUUAUCUGUAUUUUUAAAUAAUAU